UAUUUGAUUUUUCAUAAUUCACUUCUUCUCAUAAUUCAGUAUUGCCGCCAUUCCUUUUCAAUCACUGAUCAUGGAGGAAACAACCGCUUCCACCGGAACCCUAACACUCACCGGCGAUGAUUCAUUUCAAACACAACGCUCUAUUCCGUUCGAUCUCGCCGCAGAAAUCCUCUCAAAACUCUCCGUCAAGUUCCUCCUCAAAUUCUCCACCACCUGCAAAUCAUGGAAUUCUCUCAUCCACGAUCCCAAAUUCAUCAAAAAACACCUUCGCGUAUCAACCAAACGCCACCGCCUCAUCACCACCACAUGCAUUCCCUCCAAAAAAUUCACGGUAAUGUCUUAUCCAUUACACUCUCUUCCAUUCAACUCAAUUUUCAACGUUAAUGCUACUCAAUACGAGUAUUCUCCGGUUAAUCUUGAUUAUCACGAUCGACUUGUUGUUUCUUGCGACGGUAUCAUUUGUUUCGCAAUUAAUCAAAAUCUUGCUGUUCUUUGGAAUCCUUCAAUUGGAAAAUUCAAGACAUUACCUACUUUAUAUACUCCUAAAGAUGGAGAUGAUGAUGGUCACACUGUAUAUGGUUUCGGUUACGAUCCUUUCAUUGAUAAUUACAAAGUUGUUUCGCUUUUUUACUAUAAUGUCUAUGCUUGUAAAACUGAAGUUAGUGUUUAUAGUUUGGGUAAUGAUUGUUGGAGAAGGAUUGAGGAUUUUCCGCCGUUGAUUCCGUAUAGUCAACAGGGAGUAUUCGUUUGUGGUACGGUUAAUUGGUUGGCGUAUUAUGAUUUGGACAACAAUGAUUAUUAUAGGUCGUAUGCUAUUGUUUCUCUUGAUUUGGAGAAUGAAACUUAUCAUGAGAUUUCACAGCCUGACUAUGGUGGAGUAAUUGACAAGUUAACAUUGACUUUAAUGAGGGAUUGCUUGUGUGUAUUUUCUCAUUCGGACUCAUUUGAUGAUGUUUGGAUUAUGAAAGAAUUUGGAAAUGUUGAGUCGUGGGUUAAAUUGGUCCGGAUUCCUCGCUUUUCUAAUCGUUGUUUGUAUUUUGACAAUACAAAGAUAUUAUAUGUUUUUGAGGAUGACAAUCAUGUGCUGCUCUUGAUGGAAGAGAAAUUUAAAUUGAAGUGGGUGGUUUAUGAUUCCAAAAAUGAUACUGUGAAGUGUACCAAGUUGCAAGACUUCUGUUGGGUUGAAUCAAAAGUCUACGUUGAGAGUUUGCUAUCACCGUGAUUUUUAUACCAAGACUUGGAAGUAGAUGCUCUGCAAUGUUAUUUGACUAAGGUGGCGGAGAAAGUCAUAAACGAUCUCUUGGUGGUAGACUCAUCUUCAGCAGCCAAAGGACUUGUUAAAGAGGCUUUGUUCAUUCAUAAAGUUCUGUUCAUUGAUUGAUUCAUUCAGUCUAUUGUGUUUUGCACUUAACAUUUUGGUGAUGUCGAAUUUUCCUUGAGUUUAUGGCUAAACUUUCAACGCCUGAAUCCUGAUUAUGUUACAGCUAAACUAGCACUCUUACGAGAACCCUUAAUAAAACCAAUUUACAUUCAACAAUUUGGAAAUUCAGUUCUUUGAUUGUGGCA